AUGGGUCUUUCCCAUAUCGGCUUCUGCGUGCCUGCAGCCCGUUUCGACGAAGUUGUCGCCUUCUACAAAGCCGCCCUGGCUCCACUGGGAUAUAAAGAGCACAUGCGGCCUGUGGAAAACGUCGUGGGCUUAGGGGUGUAUUAUCCUGACUUCUGGAUCACGGGCGUUAAAGCAGAAGACUAUAAUCGAGAAGAAGAUGGCGAUAUGUCAAUGAAGCCGGCUCAUGUUGCGUUUGAUACCAAUAACCGUGCCUUCGUCCACGCUUUUCACACUGCGGCUCUAGAGGCUGGUGGAAAAUGUAAUGGUCCGCCUGGGCCACGCCCGCAGUAUCACAAACUUUACUACGCCUCGUUCGUGUUGGAUCCGGUGGGCAAUAAUAUCGAGGCUGUGUGCAUGUGGCCUGCCUGGACGCAUUGGCGGUAUUGGGCUGGGAGUGGCGUUUUCAGUAAGAAGAAGGGGGAUUGA